AUUUCACUUUUCAAUUCUUGCAGCUUAAAAAGCUCUGUAUUCUUUUUAUUAUUUUUUUUAUAUUAAACCUCUUCCCGUACCACCAGGACAAACCGCGCGCUGGCAGCAGAGAGGGGAACCACCAUGAGAAUGCAUGGCCCAAAUUCACAGCGUUUCGACUCAAAACCAACUUUGGUGUCUCUUGGAAAGUGCCAGAGAGCCAAGGGCACGAGCGGUCACCCCAGGGAGAAGUUUGGCCUUGACUUCCCCUAAUUUUGGGAUCAAAAAAGGGGAAAUCGGACAAAAGGAGGAAGCUGUUUGCUUCAAGAGCAGGGGAACCCGCGACGUGAUGAUGCAUCUUCCUCACCAUAUAAAAUCAGGGAGAUGCCAAAAGGAAGGGCCAGAGAUGUCACAAGGCGAUGGUGCCGUUGGCACCUACGAGAAAUGGGAUUCCACCGAGACGAUGGAGUUGGAGAAGCGAGAGCAGAGGAGAGCACCUAAAGGAGCCUUGGCAAUACCGUCCAUCCCAGCCUCACCUCUGGAGAGAGCCAUCAUGCUGCUGUACAUUCUUCUGGCCCUCACCAUCAUGAUUUUCAUGGCUCUCACCAUCGUGAACAUCCAGAGAGUAUCUGCGAUGUGGGAGGUGUUGGAACAAGCCCGAAUGCGGAGCGAGAAUAGCCACACGACAGCAUGGCACAAUCUUUCAGAGGUCCAGCACACCCUGGAUAAACAGCUCUCUGGCGAGCUCAAGGCAAUUCACAGCCAGUUUCUGAACGUGUCUCGAGAAGUGGAGAACAUGGGGUGGAAGGUGACACAGUGCAAAGCAGAGUGCGGGAAGGAGCUGUCGAAUCGCCUCCAAGCCCUAGAGGAGAAGGAUGUGCUGGAGCCGGUGCUGCGGCAGCUGGCGGAGAUGAAGCAGGAGCAGAGCCGCACGUCGGCGCUCCUCGACACGGCGCUGGAGGAGGCGCGCAACCUCUCAGGAAUUCUCUGCACGAGGUGUCCUGAUGGCUGGCAGCAGUUUGCCAAAACCUGCUAUUUCUUCUCCUCCUCCACCAAAUCCUGGCAAGCUGCUAAAGAGUUCUGUGCCACCUUCGAUGCCCACAUGCCCAUUGUCAACACCGAGCAGGAAAACAAAUUUCUGGCAAAUCACAUCAUGGAGAAUCGGGUGUUCUGGCUGGGCCUGAGCGACAUGCACAAAGAAGGCGACUGGCAGUGGGUGAACGGCAACUCCCUCUCUCUCUCGUUCUGGAACAGCGGGGAACCCAACAAUGUGGGCGACCACGGCGAGGACUGUGCCACCAUCUUUCCCAACGGCCGCUGGAAUGACGUUUCCUGUUCCAAUGCGGAAGCCUGGAUCUGUGAGCGCAGCUCAUCCCCGGACAGCUUUGAGGAUGAUUAUGAUGAUGUGUCCCUGUCGGAGUCGGAUCGUGGCCACAGUCGGCCGGUGACCGACGAAGAUCUGCAGAACCAGAGGAGCAACAGAGGCACCGGUAACCUGGAGCCCAGAGGUGGCAGGGGACGGAGCCGCAAGGUGACACCGGUGGCCAUCCUCUACAUCCUGCUAGCGCUGAGCUUCAUUGUGUGGGUGCUGCUCUUUGCGCUGGCCAUCGUGAAGCAGAUGGAAAUCAUGGCAGAGUUAAAGCUCUUGAGGUCAAACUUCUCAGAGAAUCAAGCUGGUGUGCGGCAGGAGCUGUUGGAGACACGACAGGAACAGCUGCGGAUGCGGAGCGGGAUGCACAAAUAUUACAAGGAAUUGCAGGAUAUCACAGAAAAGCUGCUACUCCUUCUCGACGGAGGUGAUGAGCUGGUGGAUGCGAAGGAGACCUGCGCCGACCAAGGCGCUCACCUGGUCAUCGUCAACUCCGAGCUGGAGCAGAAUUUCCUGAAGGAUAAUAUUAACAACAGCAGCACGUACUGGCUGGGAGUGACGGAUCAGCUGGAGGAAGGCACCUGGAUCUGGAUGAAUGGCGAACGUACGAGUAUUAGCUACUGGAACACAUGGAAGGAGAACAAAGACAAGGACCAGAAGGACUGUGGCAGCAUUGGGCCUGAUGGCAUCUGGAACGAUGACAGAUGCUCCCACUCCAACCACUGGAUUUGCGAAAAGUCCUGGAAUUGCUGAUUUCAGCAUUAUUUUUUCCUGUUUCUGGACAUUUUUCAAUGCACCUGUUAAAAAAAAAAAAGUACAUUUCAAACUUCCUGCUCAGGAGCUGGAUGAACUCACGCGGCUCCAGGGGGAUCUGGAGGCUCCACGCUCCCAGUUUUUGCCUAAAAAAGCUCUCAAAAAAAUAGCAAAAAUCCCUGGGACCCCAAGACCCCCAAAUUAUGGGAAAGAAGGGAUUUUCAGCCACAAGAACGAUUGUGAAAUGGUGAAAAACUCACUCACCAGCGCACAACUGGUGCUGGGUCUCAGCGUCACCGAAGUUCUCCUUCCCCUCCCAGCUCUGCUGACGCAUCGUGGUUUCUGCUUAAUUCUCAGAAAAGACAAUUUCAGUAAAAUUUAGGGUUCUUUCCCCCUUUCCAAAGACUUUUAACCAUAUUUAUCCUUCCCUUCCCCCCCUGCACCAGCCCCCAGCCAAAA